AUGUCGGAACAAUACCCACCUAAAAGCAUUGUUCUAGCUAAAGUCAAAGGAUACCCAGCAUGGCCAGCAAUGGUGUUAGAUGUAUCCUUAUUACCAUCACAUAUUCUCAACAAACGACCCAUGAAUAAACAACACGAACCAACGCCCAAUAUCAUACCCAUAAAAUUCUUUAGCGAUGAUACUUAUAUAUGGAUCAAGUCUACUGAUAUCAAACCAUUGAGCCAAGAAGACAUAGCUGCGCAUUUUUUUCAAAGCUCCAAGAAGAGGAGAAAGGAUACUGUUUUGGAUCAAGCUUUUCAACUUGCCAAAGAUCCAUUGGAUAUGAAGGAGUUUAUUAAAUAUGGAUCAAAGGGAGCACCAGAAGGUGUGGACGCUAAUGCGGGUGAUGAUGUUGUUGACACAGGAGAAGAAGAAGAAGAGGAGGAGGAGGAGGAGGAUGUCGUGGUGAAGGUUCCACCUCGUAAAAAACAAAAAGUGGUUGCACCUGCACUGGCUGUGGACAAGAAAAGUCUAGCAGAGGCAAAGAAACGAGAAGAAGAGGAGUUGUUAGCUCAGUAUGACUCCGACUGGGGAGUACAGGACUUUAACAAGUACAGUAUCAAAGAGGGAAAUUAUAUUUACGAUAGUCUAGAGGAACAAAAGACUGUUUUUGCCAAAGUACCCGAAGCCAGCGAGUUCUCGCAGCUCUAUGAAAAGGCAAUUGCAAAAUUCAGGCAGAUUGAAGAGGAUGUUCUUGAGCAAUUGUUGACUGAAAAACCCAACAUCGAUGAACUCUGUCAUUUGUUGACUCAAUUUCUGAGUUUGAUUAGUAAAGUGCCCAGAUCGGUAAUAUCAAAGAGCAAAUUGUUACGAGCACUUAUUGUGGAUCAAAGAAAACAAGUUAGUGAGGAUGAUGAUGGUCAAGGUCAACUUCAAUUCAAAGAAAGGGCUAGCAAGAUUUUGAAAAGAUUGGGGAUCGAAGUAAGAGAGAAUAUAGAGGAGGAUUUUGAAGCAAAGAGUGAAGCAGUUUCUGCGCAACUGACACCCACCAGCACAGUUCAGUCUACACCUGAAGUAGUAGAACCGGUAGACCCGGUAAAGGAAGAGGUUGUGGUCAAAGUGGAUGGGGUAACUGUCAAUCCAGUGGACUCGCCUUUGAAACACGAAGUUCAAAUCAAUGGAAACUAA